GCUCGCUGCUCGUGUUUUUUUCUUCUUUGGAUAAGUCGGAGCCGGCACACACACACACACACACACACACCACGGUGGACACGGACAAUAGCUGUACCUGUGUUGCGCCUUGCGCCUUUCGAGACUCCCCUUUCACAACCAACUGCCCACUAGAAGGACGGGUGUCCCUCCCCCUUCCUCCUCAAACUUCGUACUAUCGAGGCGGUACUCACCCUUGUCGACAUCCGUUGUGUUGUCGCUGCUGGUUGUUUCAACUGUGUUGUCAUCGACGGUCGCCAAUUCGCGGCCUUUCCGUUUGUUUGCUUGUUUGGUUGGUUUGUCUCGGCGCCGUCGUUUGCCCCUCGCCGCAGUGCCCUUCUCACAGAUACCUUCUUAUAUAUAAUCGCUCUCUCGGCGAAAAUCUGUGCUGUCGCCGGUUUCGUUCUUCUUCCUCCUUUCCUCUAAUUUUUCCUCUUGAUGGUUGGUGUUGAUACACGGUGUAAUUAAGAACUACUGUUAAAGAAACAGAAGUAUAUAUAUAUAUAUAUAUAAAAGCAGGAGAGAUGUCACACACUCGCGCAUUCAUGCUGCGUCAAGCAUCGCAGCAGCUGGCACAGCUGACUCGCGCGUCGUCGCUCCGACUUGCUUCCGUCAUCGCCCUGCGGGGGUCACAGACGUGCAGCGGCAUCCAUAGCUACCGUUACAGCAACACGGCGGCGGCCACACGUGCGUUGCACACCCCAGCCAAAGCAACAUCAAAGCUGUUGACCAGCACAUCUCUUCGUAGUGGCGUCGCCUUGCCGAGCACGUUGCGCGUGGGGGUCGUGCCGGUCCGCACCUCCUUCUACGCCAGCGGCCGACUUGGCCACCAGAACAGCGCAUGUGCUGCUCCUCUGUUUGCGGCGCAGCGCUGCUACGGCACGAUGCGCCCGACGCGUCCAACGCACUCGCCGAAGAAGUCAGAGAGCACCGGUGGGCAGCUACAGGGCGUGAACAACUUGGAGCGCUACAAGGGAGAGGAAGAGGAGGAGCGGAAGGAGGGCGGUGGGGACAAGGAGGACCCCUUCAACAUGAACUCCGGCCCUGGCUACCUGCCCUUUCCUCCGCCCUUCCAUACCAUCAACAUCGUUAUGAUCCUCUUCCUUGCGAAUGUGCUGUGCUACUUUGUGAUGAACUUCGGUAACGACGACUGGCGCGACUUCAUCGUCGAGCACUUCACGCUCUCGCACGAGAACUGGACGCGCAUCUACCCGCUCUUCACCAACGCCUUCUACCAGGAGCAUCUCCUGCAGCUGCUGAUCGACUGCUGGCUGCUCUGGCAGUUCGGUGACACGAUGCUGGGCUUCCUCGGCAACACCCGCAUGGCCUUCUUUGCGAUGCUCUGCACGUUGGGCGGCAGCCUCAUUCACAUCGCACGGCAGAAGUUCGAGCUGCAUUAUGGGAUGGACGAGUUGGAGGUGCGGGGUCGGUGCUACGGGCCGAACCCGUUCAUCAUGGGUCUCAUCGCUAUCGAGGGCCUCAUCUUCCGUCACUUGAACUUCAUCCAGCAGCCGCCGAUCCCGUUCCUUGUGCUGACGGCCUUCGUGAUGGUGAUUGACGUGUGGCGCAUCUUCACCACUAAGCCGGAGGAGCACGGCGCUGCCACUGGUGGGGCGCUCAUGGCGUAUCUGUUCUGGGCCUUGCCUACGCGUAUGCUCGGCCUGGAUAAGCUGACGGCGACGCUGUAG